CAGUAAAGAGGUUCCGCUCGUGAUUCUGGAACGUCUUGACUUGCUUCUUGAAUUGGAUGCUCUGAGCUCCAAAUGAUCUUUUGUUAAGUCUUCAGGGGGAAAGCUGCGAAAACGCAAUCAUUAUAGGAUUAUUAAUAAGACAGUAUUAAGCUGCAGUCAUGGGCCCAGACCUGGCACGAGAAAUUAAAACAGAACCUUCAGAAAACAGUCCAGCUGAAGUAAUUGUGAAGGUAAACCCAGACUCGGACUCAGGCUCAACCUCAGACUCGGAGUCAGAAUCAGAAUCAGAAACAGAUAUUUCUGACCAGGAGGACACCAAAGAGCCAGGGAGAAUCAUUAAAAACAAGUGUUACCCAUGCACCAUCUGUGGUAAAAUCUUCGACAGGCCGUCAAAGCUAGAACGACAUAAACCUGUGCAUACAAGAGAACCAAGGAAAAUAUUCCAGUGUCAUGUCUGUCAGAAGACUUUCACGCAACAAGAUCAACUCAUCAGACAUCAGAAUUCCCACAACAGGACUAACAAGCAUUCCUGUCCUGAUUGUGGAAAAAUUUUCAACAGGCCUUCAAGGUUGGAGAGGCACAAACGCACACACUUAAAGAAACCAAAGGUGCCUCAUGAGUGUUCGUUCUGUAUGAAGACUUUCCCAAAACUCAACAAACUUGAGCGUCACUUGAGAGUGCACACAGGAGAGAAGCCAUUUACCUGCAUGGUCUGUGGGAAAGGCUUCUCAGAGGCCGGCCAUUGCAGAUCACAUGAAAAAAUUCACGAGGAGCAACCAGAUAAACCCUUUGCCUGCUCAGACUGUGGGAUGCGCUUCUUCAAGGGCUCAGCACUCCGUCGGCACGCGCGCUCCCACACAGGCGAAAAACCUUUCAAGUGCACUCUCUGUGACAGUGCUUACUCUCGCUCCGAGGGCCUUAAAAGACACAUGAGGAGCCACACCGGAGAAAGACCGCACAAGUGCAUCGUCUGUGGUAAAGGCUUUUAUUCUCGUCAAGAUUUGAAUAUACAUGGAUUGAUCCACUCCGGGGAGAAGCCGCACGUUUGCCGCGUUUGUGGCAAAGGCUUCUCACAGCUGGGCAACAUGAGAGAACACGAGCAGAAUGUUCACCAUAAAACAGAGACGUUUAUAUGUAAUGACUGUGGCGCCACCUUCACACGGUACACGUCACUGGUAAAACAUCACAGGACGCACACCGGAGAGAGACCCUACCUGUGCCUCAUCUGUGGUCGCAGAUUCAUGUGGAGCCAUUCACUGAGCAGACACCGGAGGACGCACGCCAAGGACGGGCCUGUAGACGUUGCUGUAGACACACCUGUAGACGCAGAUGAUGUGCCCACAGAUGCAACCAAAAUGAGAGAAAGUUUAAAAGCACCAUCGGAGAAUCCCAGUACUAAAAAAGCAAGUGAAUAAAAAAAGACAUUCUAGUUUUUCUCUGCUGUGCUUAAACAUAUAUUGUGCAGUUUUAUUGUACAGGUUUUGUAACGUAUGGCUUCGCUGUCCAUUGAAAGCCUUCCUAGGACCAUUGAUUCGAAGCUUUUAGUCUUUUAAAUUCAAAUUCCGUACAAAUAUACUAAGGCGUGCCCACCAGACAAACGUGACUGUCCGAGUUAACUGUGUUUAAUUUACGCAUCCAUGUCAGAUUGGUGACACCAUUUGUCAUUU